AUGAGCACCCGCGACGAAGAGCAGGAACCCCUGCUCGGCUCUGACGCCCGCCCAGCCGAUUCCGACAUCGCGCAGGACCCCUCCUUCGGCGCCCGUCUCCGCACCGCUCUCGAGCAUCCUCUACGCCUCACAGGCCUCGAGAAGGCGCUUGCAAUCCUCAGCGUCGUCCUCUUGCUCCUUACGGCGACCGGCUUCGGAUUGUUUGCGGGCACGGCGGUUCGGUUCAAGCGCUGGAAGAGGGACCACCGUCAUGCCGGACCUCCUGGGAGGGAUUGGCCUCGCCCGACGAGCACGGUUACAGCCACCGCUACGACGACUGUUGGCGCACCGACCGGUACUCCCGCUCCGCCCGUCCCGCCCGCUCCGCCGAAGAACCCGGGCAAAGACGUCCCUCUCUGCCUCACCGCUUCGUGCGUCCAGUCAGCUGCCAACCUCCUCUCCGGCCUCGACACCUCCGUCGACCCAUGCGACAACUUCUUCGAGUUUGCCAACGGCGGGUGGAUCGCGAGUCACUCGAUCCCGCCUGGAAAAGCGGCGAUUGGGACGUUCCAGAUCAUCGACGAGAACAACAAGCGCAUCAUUCGCGACAUCAUCGAGCGCGACCCGAAUGACGACAAGGGCUUUGAUCAGGAGGCGGACAAGCGCAACUUGGCGAGCUUGAGGCGCUUCUGGACGAGUUGUAUGGACGAGGCGGCCAUCGAGAAGAAGGGAUCCACCCCGCUGCUCGAGGUGCUCGACACCGCUAUCUCGUUCUGGCGCGGCGAGAAGCCCCUCACGGCGUCGCAUGAGUCGCUCGUUGUCGAGCGCGACGGCCGCGAGGACGACCUCGACUUCCUCCUCGAGAUCAACGGUCGUUCGGACGAGGUGUCGACCGAGUCGCACAAGAAUCGCAAGGGCGCCAAGAAGGGCCGCAAGUGGGACCCGAAGACGAAGAAGAGCCGCUUGACGAACGCGUUGGCGUUCCUGCACUCUCGCGCCAUUCCCGCCCUCUUCGAGACCUCCAGCGACGGCGACGUUGGCCGCGACCCGAAGGAGGUCGUCCUCUGGCUCACCCAGUCCGGUCUCGGUCUCCCCUCGAAGGACUACUAUAAGGACAAGGAGACGCUCAAGAAGUACGAAGAGACUGUCGCCGAGGUGCUCAAGGAGGUCUACACCGCGAGGGAUGAGCCGGACAUGCACAACCUCGCGAAAGACGUCGUCGCACUCGAGAAGGAGAUCGCCAAGAUUUCGCUCGACGUCGACCAGCUUGACGAGCCGAUCCCGACUUACAACCCCUUCAACGCCUCGGCUCUCCAGUCGCUCUUCCCCGCCAUUUCGUUCCGCGACUACUUUGCCGCCUCCUUCCCGCGCCCGAAGUACCCCGACCCCGUCAUCGUCACCAGCCCAGCCUUCUUCGGCAACUUGAGUGACAUCAUCGACAAGGCUGCGCCGGAUCAGGUCGAGGCCUACUUCGUCUUCCUCACGUCGCAGGCUCUCGCCCCGCUUCUCGGCUCGAAGCAGCCCAUCCGCAAGUCGAUCGACCUCCUCCGCAACUCGCUGACCGGCAUCUCUCCCGACUCGCACCCUCCUCGCGCCGACACCUGCCUCGCCCUGCUCAACGAGAACUACGGCUUCCUCGUCGGUCGCUACUUCGUCCAGAAGGCCUUCCCUGGCCGCUCGAAGGAGUAUGCGGAGGAGGUCAUCAAGGCUAUCAUCCAGGCUUUCCGCGACAGGUUGCCUGGACGGACUUGGCUGGACAAGGAGACGAGCAAGAAGGCAGAGGAGAAGGUCGAUGCGAUCCAGUACAAGAUCGGCUACCCGCGCUCGCCCGACACCGAAGACCCGCUCUCCCUUGCACACUACUACGGCCCCAACAUGCCCAUCUCGUCCUCCGACUUCUUCGGCAACGUCCUCCGCUCUUACGUCGCGGACGAACAGCGCAAGUGGGUCAAGGUUGGGAGGGCGAAGAACCGCGAGGAGUGGGAGAUGGUGCCUGCCGAGGUUAACGCGUAUUUCUCACCGCCCGACAACCAGAUCGUUUUCCCCGCCGGCAUCCUGCAGAAGCCCUUCUUCGACGUCAGCUGGCCCGAAUACCUCGUCUUUGGCUCGUUCGGCGCCAUCGCAGGCCACGAGUUGACGCACAGUCUGGACCAGGCGGGCAGGCAGUACGAUAAGGACGGGAGGUUGGUCGAUUGGUGGUCGAACUCGACCAACUCCCGCUUCGUCGAGAGGCAGAAGUGCUUCCAGCGGCAGUACGCCAACUACACGAUCGUCGGUCCAGACGGCAAGCACUACCCGAUCAACUCCAAGUUCACGGGCGGCGAAGACGGCGCCGAUUCAGGCGGUAUCGCGCAGUCGUUCUCGGCGUGGCAGUCUCGCCUCGCCUCGGACCCGCACGGCGACAAGUACUCGAAUUGGAUGUUGCCUGGAUUUGAAGGGUGGUCGAGGGAGCAGUUGUUCUUCGUCGCGUUUGCGCAGGGAUGGGCGAGGAAGAGUACGCCGGCGGAGGACGUGAGGCGGAUCCGCAUCGACCCGCACUCGCCGACCAAGUACCGCGUCAUCGGCCCGCUGUCGAACAACGCGGCGUUCGCGAAAGCCUUCGGCUGCCCCGUUGGCUCGCCCAUGAAUCGCGGCGACAACAAGCGCUGCGAGCUGUGGUAA